AUGAUCCUACAAGCAGCUCUUGUCCUCGCUGGUCUGACUGUUGCCAGUGGCAGUCUGUGUUGUCAACCCAGGCAGUUCAACGCGUUCCAGUAUGUCACCUAUGUCAACUCUACGUCCACAUUGCGUGCCUUGUACUUCAUCGUCUACGACGGUAUCAAUGAAAGAUACCUCAUCACCGGCGACAGAAACAACAGGAAAUUCGUCGGGACCACCAAAGUAAUCUACGACUACAGGAAGAGAAUUGGUUACAACAUUGAUGCAGAGGCACGUACCUGUACAACAUUCCCAGUUCGUGGAAACUUCAGGGAUCAAGAGAAUGUCUGUGUUCCAAGCGGCGCUGUCUCUGUGGGUCCAUUCUUUUACGGCUACAAUCAGAACAGGCUGAAUUCCCAGUCGUACACCUACAACAGCACCACAGCCGACGGCAGACAACAGAACGUCGUGACUACUAUCACAGAGACCAACUGUGUACCAAUAGUCAUCAGUACGAUCACAUACGGCUCUCCAGGGGGAAACUCUAAUACCAUGGUCGGGUACAACGACUUCUAUCCCGGCAUCAGAGACAUCACAGUCUUUGACAUUCCGCCAUACUGCAAUGAAUGAUACCAACAUUGCUGAAAAACAACACUAGGAUCUCUCGUUUCCAAAUCACUGUGAAAAUGUCUACUUUGCAAGAUAUUCAUGAUACGAU